AUGGCACGUCAAAAACAAACAGCACCCUUACAACGGGCCACUUCUUCCCAACUCAUGCAUGUGCCACCGAAUGAAUCGAGUGCGCAGUCACUCAAGCAGCAGAACGGAGCUGCUGUCGCCCAUAAUCAUGUCUCUGGAGUGAAGGAUGCGACGCAAGAUACCCCUGGCCUGAUGCAGCUUGCUGUCUGCGUUCUGGGAAUCUAUGCUUCUUUUCUGUCAUGGGGUGUCCUCCAAGAAGCCAUCACCACCGUCUCCUAUCCGGUUCAACCUCCGAGCGCUGAGUUGCCCGAACCGCCCACCGAGCGCUUCACAUACUCGAUUGUCCUGAACACGAUCCAAUCCACCUUUGCCGCCAUCACCGGCUUCCUCUACCUCUUCUUCUCGACUCCGUCCGGACAGAAGGUCCCCUCCAUCUUCCCCACGCGGAAGAUCCUCUUCCCCUUGCUCCUGGUCAGCAUCUCCUCGUCGCUCGCAUCCCCCUUCGGAUAUGCCAGUCUCGCGCACAUCGACUACCUCACCUUCAUCCUCGCCAAGUCGUGCAAACUGCUCCCGGUCAUGUUCCUCCACCUGACCAUCUUCCGCAAGCGCUACCCGCUCUACAAGUACGGCGUGGUCCUUCUGGUCACGCUCGGCGUCGCGACCUUCACGCUGCACCACCCGGGCACGAGCAAAAAGGUGGCCGCCUCUGCGGCCAAGGGCCAGUCCGGCUCCAGCGCGUGGGGGAUUUUCCUGUUAUCGAUCAACCUGCUGCUGGACGGCCUCACCAACACCACCCAGGACCACAUCUUCACCUCGCCGCAGACCUACACCCGGUUCACAGGCCCGCAGAUGAUGGUCGCGCAGAACGUGCUCUCGACGCUCCUGACCAGCAGCUAUCUGCUGGUGAUGCCCCAUCUGUCGGCGACGGGCCUCCUGCACAACCUCCUGCCGUUCCCGAUCCCGCCGUCCACGGAGACGGAGCUGACGGCCGCGAUCGGGUUCCUGUCGCGCCAUCCGGAGGCGCUGAAGAACGUGCUCGGGUUCGCGGCGUGCGGGGCGGUCGGGCAGCUGUUCAUCUUCUACACGCUCUCGCGGUUCUCGUCGCUGUUGCUGGUGACGGUGACGGUGACGCGCAAGAUGCUGACGAUGCUGCUGAGCGUGUUCUGGUUCGGACACUCGCUGUCGGCGGGACAGUGGCUGGGGGUGCUGUUGGUGUUUGGCGGCGUCGGCGCCGAGGCGGUCGUGCAGCGACAGGAGAAGAAGGCCAAGGAGAAGACGCGAGCUGCCGCUGCGGCCACAAAGAAGGAGUAG